AUGGAUACUGGAGAUUCUCCCUUCCGGAAGAAACGGAGACCAUGGCGCAUGGACUUCUCAUCCUUUGCCUUGGUGAUCGUGGCGCUCGCUGUGUGCCAAACAACCGUGGUUCGUGCAGACCCAGUGGAUGUGUUGCGGGCUCUGCAGGUUCCCUCUCUCCCUGAGGGUGUGAAGAAAGUCCCUGGCUUCUGCACCUCCCGUCGAUCCAGCAGCCCUGAUCAUGCUUACCGCAUCAGCAAGAAGGCCCAGAUCUCCGCCCCCACCAAGCAGCUCUUCUCAGGUCGAUUCCCGGAGAACUUCUCCAUCAUGGCUCUGGUUAAGGCCCAGGCCGGUCUCCAGGCAUUCCUCCUCUCCAUCUACAGCGAGCAGGGCAUUCAACAGCUGGGCAUUGAAAUGGGACGCUCGCCAGUUUUCCUGUACGAGGACCAAAAUGGCAAACCCGCCCCUGAGGACUACCCACUCUUCAGAGGUGUCAACCUGGCUGAUGGCAAGUGGCAUCGCAUCGCUCUUUCUGUUUCAAAGAAAAAUGUGACACUGCUUUUGGACUGCAAAAAGAAAAUGACCCGCCCCCUGCCUCGGGGCAACAACGCUGAGAUCGACACCAAUGGCAUCACAGUGUUCGGAGCUCGUCUGCUUGACGAGGAGGUUUUCCAGGGAGACAUCCAGCAACUGCUCAUUGCCUCAAACCCCCAGGCUGCUUAUGACUUCUGUGAACACUACAGCCCUGACUGUGAUUCCCCCCUUCCCAAGACUCAGGCUCAGGACCCCAACACAUACUACUUUGAUGAGGAGCAGGAUGACCAUGAAUACCCCUAUUAUUAUGAGGAAACAACAGGCGUUCUUUCCUCCGCAUACCCCUCUCACCAACCUGAGGCCCCCAGUCAACAGGUAAAAAGGCACAAGAGAGGUGGAAAACACGGGCAGGCUAAGCCAGCCAAGACUGGACCAUCCAAACUUGUUGUCAAGUCGCCUAUGCCCACCAAAGCUCCCAAGCCUUCCUCAGCCAAGCCAACGAAAGUAAAGCCUACUGCAGUAGAGAUCCUCUUGUCUAAGAUCAAACCAACAGCAGCAGCUAAAUCAGAGCCUAAAGCUGCCCCAGCUAAGAAUGGCAAACCAGUUGUUGAGAAGAAAGCCAAUGGUGCCACUAAAGCCAAUGGUAACGGCAAUGGAAAAGCAGCUGCAGCGAAAGCGAAUGGCAAUGGCAAAGCUACAGCCGAAGCAAAGCCCACAGCACAGGCCAAAGUGAAUGGAAAUGGAAAUGGCAAGGUUGUAGCUGAAAAGAAAGUCAAUGGUAAUGGAAAUGGGGCUACAGUGCAGGCCAAAGUGAAUGGAAAUGGAAACGGCAAGGUCGUAGCUGAGAAGAAAGUAAUUGGUAAUGGAAACGGGGCUACAGUGCAGGCCAAAGUGAAUGGAAAUGGCAAAGUUGUAGCUGAGAAGAUUGUCAUUGCUAGUGGAAAAUCCUCAGCAUCAAAGAAGGCCAAUGAAAAUGGAAAAGCCACUGUUGUGUCCAAAACCAAUGGCAAAGCUACAGCAGAGAAGAAAGUCAAUGGAAAUGGAAAAACUACCAUCGAGGUUAAAGAAAUUACAGUAAAAGUUAAUGGCAAAGCUGAGAAUAAGGUUAAUGGUGAGGCUAAGGCUAACGGCAAAGUGAUUACUGUGGUAGAAAAAAAAGUUGUUAGUAAUGGUGCCGCAAAAACUGAAACCACUACAAAAGCAAAGACUGAAAAAGUUGUUAAAGUAGAAAAGAUAGAAAAGACUGUGGUCAGUGCAGCUAAAUCAGCUGCCAAAGUAGAGGCUACUAAGGCACCUAAACCCACAAAAGCUACAAAAGCUGAACCUACAAAAGCAGCCAAGGUUGUGGCCACCAAAGCUUCAGCAGCAAAAACUCAAGAAAAGGCAGAGGUGAAAGAGGUUGUCAAAGUCAAAACUGUGGUCACCAAAGUCCCUCUGGUCAAACCGACAGUGAGCAAAGUAGUGAAGACUGUUGUUGAAAAGGUGAACAUCCCCAAGAAAGCAGCUCCAACAUCUGCCCCUGUUCGGCCAACUCCACCCAGGCCCACAAAAUCCAAGAUGGUGGACAUGAAUGUCAAAUCCCUGCACAAACCUUUCCCACCUUUUGGCGAGGCUGUGCUGGGUGGAACUGCAGUCCAAGCGAAGAAAGUUACCAACGGUUAUCAACAGGACGUAGACACUGAGUAUUCCGAGGCUGGCCACACCCCUACAGAGACUGAUUAUAACUAUGAGGAGAUGGCUCCACUGCCAGAGGGUGAGGUGUUUGGACAAGAAGAGACUCCUGUACAGAGGUAA